AUGAAGUCUUCCACAACCUUUCAGUAUCUGCUUUGCGCUACACUGGCUACCAGCCUUUUAUCGAAAGCCUUUACGCUUGUACCAUCGCGGGGAAUUACCAUUCCCAAUUCACCCACUAUCGGCACCUCUUCAUUGUCAGCCAAAAAGUCAAGGAGAAAACGGAAGGCACCCAAGCCUUCAGAAGAUCUCCCUGAUUUCGAACUGGACGAAGACGAUGGUGCCUUACCAGAAUUUGAUUUGGGAGACGAGGAUCAACCCGUCAAGCCUGCCGCCAAGAAGCCAACUGAAACCACCGAGCUUAACUUUGAUGAAAUUACCGACAACAUGAUGGGUGAUGCUUCUGCACCUACAGCCUCCAUAGAAGCCUUGAUUGCGGAUCGUAAAUUGGAAUCCAAAUUUGUGUUUGAUAAAGAAGUGGAAGACGAUACCAUACCGGACUUUGUCGACUUUGCUGCACCCUCCACCAACUCCGAACCGGCUGCGCCUGGGAGUAAAGCUGAACGACGGGAACAACGAAAGGCAGCGGCCAUCGCCAGGCUAGAGGCAGAGCAGCAAGCAACUAAGUUUGAAAUCCCUUUCAUUCAGGACGAAAAAGGAAACAUCAGCGGUCUCAAGAUCCUUGAAGCUGGAGCAUGGGCUGGCAUUUUCUUGUUGGUAGGUUGGGAAGUCUACAUCAACUCGCCAUUCUUCGACCGUGCUGCACCAAUGGCUCCCGUUGUGUUUGAAGGAGAUGGGAGACAAAUUUGA